AUGGUGCUGCGACUGCUGAUGCGCUACCUGGCCAACAACGAGCAGCUCAUCCAGCGCAUGGCGGAUAGCUAUCCCAUGCGACGCGCCGCCCAGUUGGCCGUUUCCCUAAUGUACCGCACCAAGAGCUUGGCCAGGGAGCAGGGACUGCACGAGAUGACGCCAGAGCGUUUCAAGGCCUUCGUUAACAUGUUCAAGAACAACGUGCGACAAGAACUGGAGGGAGUCAAGAAGGAGCUCAAUAGCAAGAAAAAGAACUAGGGAACAGUGGUUACCUUGGUCAGCACCAGCAAUUGUACAUACGCGGCAAGAUAAAUUUUAGUUAACUACAGUAGUUACUGAUGAAUAAACAUUGAAGCCUGAACAUUUAAA